AUGGCGACACUCUGGCUUGUCCUGGGCGUUAUUGCUGGCCUCUUCCUGUACGUACGGGCGAACGAUGCGAAGCUCAAACGCACCCCGCCUGAGGCCAUGUCUUUCUCGCCUCAACGAUGGACGGAAGACGCGGUGCGACGCACGGCUGACCGUUUGGCGGAUUCACCCAGGUCGCUACUGACAGUCGAUCAACUGCCGAAGCAAACAGGCCGACGAUACAUUAUCACUGGAGGAGCUGGUUUCUUGGGCGGAUGGAUGGUCUUGCAUCUGCUCGCCCGCGGAGAGGACCCACGCCGCAUACGAGUAAUCGACAUCCGAAUGCCAGCCCGUAAAGACCUCACCGAGGGCGCAGCGAAAGAUGUGGACUACAUUCUCGUCGACGUGACUGACGCGAAGGCGGUCGACGCUGCAUUCAGCAAGCCCUGGCCUUCAGCGCAAUCCGACGUCCCUGGGGCCCCGGAGCCUGAAGUGACUGUCUUCCAUACCGCCGCCACCAUCCGCUUUUUCGAGCGCCAUCCAGACCUCCUUCGGCACUCCAAUGAGGUCAAUGUGCGAGGGACCGAGAAUGUAGUGAACGCAGCUCGGCGCGUUGGUGUAUCCACACUCGUGUCUACGUCGUCUGGUUCCAUCUGCGUGUGGAACAAUCGCUUCUGGCUUUGGCCAUGGGAGAAAGAGCCAAAAUAUUUUGUCCAGCCCGUCAACGAUGACUCUUCUAUCCCAAAACGACACGAAGACUAUUUUUCCAACUAUGCAGCUUCGAAACAUACCGCGGAAAAAUUCGUGCGAGCUGCUGACAAGACACCCUCUGGCCAGCGCGUGCUUCGGACAGGCUGCAUUCGACCUGGCAAUGGCAUCUAUGGCCCCGGUGGAGAUUUAAUGGUGGGCAAUUACCUGACGAGGAAGACCAAUCCUUCGUGGAUUCAAACCAUGAUUCAGUCCCUCAUUUACGCGGAGAACUGCUCCCUCGCGCACCUUUGCUAUGAGGCGCGCCUCAUCGAGCUCCAACAAGGCAGCAAGAACCCGGACAUUGGCGGGCAGGCAUUUUGCGUCGCGGACGCGGGUCCGCCGCCUCUGUACGGGGAGGUGUACGACGCCGUUACCCAAGUCAGCAAAGGCCAGACGGAAUUUAUGUACCUUUCCUUCACUGCGAUGCUCGCGUUGGCCCAGCUCGUUGAGUGGUACUAUCUCGCGCGUUAUUUCUUGCUGCAGUCGCGCUUCGCCUUCCUUGGACGUAUCAUGCCGCCCGUCACUGGUGAUAUUGUCUUUCUGCAACCGUCCAUGUGGGCGCUGACCGGCAUACACCUCUGGUUCAAUGACUCGCGGGCGCGGUUAGCCCCAGAGAAAGGCGGACUAGGCUACAACGGCGACAUUACGACGAUGGAAGGAGUUUGCAAAUCUGUUAUUGAACAUCAGAGGGAUGGCGGGAAGUCCCUGCAGCGUGUCAUCGCAGGGCACAAGGAAGUCGGGCAUGGGUUCGCCCCGAAUAGAGCAGAAAAUGGCCCCGCAAGGAUCAUUGCUGCGGUAGAGAACGGCCCUGCGAAGAUCAUCGAGAAGGUGGAGAGCGGUAUCGCCAUACACGCUGCGAAUGGGCACAACUAA